AUGCUGCAGCACCUGCUCGACUCUGUACGCGGGCCAGACGCAGUCGAGAACAUGUACGCGUGGGAGCGCAAGCUGAAGCAGUAUGAAGAGCAGUCGGGCGACACGCUGGCCGACACGAUCAAGCUGGCGACGCUCAACAGCAAGAAGCUCCUGGAAGGCAACAUGAGGACCCAUCUCAACCUGCAGGCGGGACGCCUGCAGACGUACGAAGUGGCCAGGAAUGAGGCGAUCUCGUACCUGCGUGCGACGGCCAACCAGGAGCAGGAGCCCGUGCCCAUGGACCUGAGCCCCUUGACAAGAGACCUGCACCCCGUGACAAGGGGCGGCAAGGGCAAGGGCAAGGGCAAGACGGGCAACGGCAAGGACCACGACGGCAAGGGUAAGAACAAGAGGGUCUGCUUCUCCUGCGCCAAGCCGAACCACUCGAAGCAGGAGUGCAGAGUCUUGGCGACGGACCGUGCGAGCAAGGAUAUCAAGCCAGACAAAGCAGGACGCUACGCAGGCAAGCCAGUCGACAAGGUCACUGGGAAGCGUGCCUACGCCGAGAAGGGAGACAUGGCGGCGCUGACGGCGUUGUCGGAUGAUGACUACUACGACGAGGCAGACGACUUCGUCUUCGCCCUGACCGGCGAGCAGAUCGUGACGGGCGACUGCUGCGCGCUCGAGAGCGACGACUUCGACCUCCUCUUCGACACGUGCGCGGCGAAGAGCGUCUGCCCGCCUGCGUGGGCCCCAGAGGUGGCAGUCGAGGAGUGCCGUGGCACGGCGCUCUACCAGGCAGAUGGCAGCGAGGUCAAGCACUACGGCAAGAAGGAGGUGAGCAUGGUGGACCAGAGCUCGGGCGAGCAGCUGACGGUGAACUUCGAGGCGAAAGGAGUUCGGAAGCCGAUCAUGGCAGUGAGCUCAGCAGUGGACGCGGGCUACGGAGUGUGGUUGUAUGACGGAAGCAGCUACAUCGUGAAGCCCAAGCACGCGAAGGAGCUGGCGAUGGUCGUGAGAGACAACAUCGGCAAGAACAGGUCCAUCGAGCUGAGGCGGAAGAACGGCAUCUUCGUCAUCCCAGCUCGGCUGUGCUCGAGGAGCGGCGAACUGUGUGCGGCGACGGAGAAGGAUGAGGAGCCAAAGAAGCGCGUGCGAUUUAGCGACGACUUCGAGGACAGUGAGGACGCCAGGCCCGCGCUCAGCAAGGCGCUUGCGCCCUGGCCGAGCGCGGAGGAGAAGGCCAAGCACGAGCUGACCCACUGCCCGCACCACGCCUGGUGCAGGUACUGCUUGACGGGUCAGGCGACCGAGGACCCCCACAAGAGCCAGUCCAAGGAGUCGACGGUCGCGAAGCUUGCGUUGGACUACUGCUUCCUGGCGCGCAAGGGGGAGCUGCAGAAGGCUACGGUGUUGGUCUUCGUGCUGAGGCCCCCUGGCGCCGUGGGAGCGACGCAGGUGGCAAAGAAGGGGGUCGACGACGUUGCAGUCGAGUUCGUGCUCUUCUACCUCGAGGCGCGGGGUGCUGGAGAGGCCGUGCUGAGGGCAGACCACGAGCCAACCAUCCAGGCGUUGCUCGGAGAGCUACGCCGGCGCCGAGUCGAGCGCCAUCGCACUACGGUUGAGAAGUUCACGAAGCACGACAGCAAGGCGGAUGGCGGUAUCGAGGUGGUGGCGCAUAGGGUGGAGUCGCUUACUCGCACCUACGUGGCCGUCAUAGAGGACAAGUACAAGACCAAGGUGACGAGCCAGUCGGUGAUCCUCCCGUGGUUGGUCAGGCACUCGGCGUACGUCAUCACCAGAUUCGUCCUGAAGAGUGAUGGCAAGGAGUUCACAUCGCCUCUCGCGUGUGUGGGCGAGACGGUGGACUUCAAGCUGCUUCGCAAGGACCAGUCGAAGCUCGACCCACGCUGGGCCUCAGGAGUGUUCCUCGGGCGGAGGGAUGAGAGUGAUGAGGUCGUCGUGGGCACAGCACGAGGGAUCGAGUUCACCAGGUCGUUCAAGAGGCGUGACGGGAGCGAGCGUUGGAUCCAGGAGGAGUUCAGGACGUCUAUCGGCGUGCCCUGGAACCCCAGGGCCCCGACGACGGAGACCCCAGUGGUGAGCACGAGGCGGAGGUACAUCACUUGCGCCCUGAUCCAGGAGCACGGCGAGAGCCCUGACUGCGCGGCCUGCCUGGGGCUGUCCAGCGUGCACACGAUCGCGUGCAGGGAUCGCUUCGAGGAGAUCUUCAAGAAGCAGGCUGAGCAGCUGAUCCAGACGCAGCGGGCGAUCGGCGCAGGCGGCGCAGGCGGCGCCGAAGGCCCGAACCCAGGACCACCAGGAGGAGACGCAGGACCCCAGAGCCAGCCAGGACAGACACAGGGCAUCGGCCCACCCACAGGGCUGGAGCUGCCGACGGGCAGCGGUCCGAAGCGAGAAGGUGACACAGUCCACGACGGAGAGCCAGCAAGGAAGAGGCCAGUCAUCGACGUGGCCCCCGCUGCGCCCAUGGACACUGACCCAGAGGCCGAGGCCAUGACCCUCGGCGCGCUCUGUGAGGAGGAGGCCCCUGCCCCGACCUUCGACGAGGGGUUGUCUGCGGGCAGGGUCCACGACCAGUACACGGGCGAGGUCCUCCCGAAGGAGCUGGUGCUGGAGGGCGUGAAGCGCGAGCUCGACGAGAGGGAGGAGUUCGAGGCCGAGGUGGUGGUCUGGAAGAGGCGCAGCGAGAAGCCAGCAGGCGAGAGGGUGAUCUCCACCAAGCUCUUCCACACGCGGAAGGGACCAGACUGCGUGCGAUCACGGAUAGUCGCGCGAGACUUCGCAGGAGGCGUCUUCGCGCCAGGGCACUACGCAGGGACACCGCCGACGUGGGCGCUGAAGCUGGUGAUCUCGAGGCUGGCAUCACGCGGACAGGUAAGGCAGCUCGCGUCGCAUGAUAUCUCGGUGGCAUUCCUCCACGCGCAGCUGAAGGAGGCAGUCUGGGCCGAGCCGCCGAAGGAACUGAACUGCCCUGACUGGCUCUGGCUCGUGACCAAGGCACUGUACGGGAUGCGUGAGUCAAGCGCUGACUUCCAGGAGCUGGUGCGGGACACGUACCGAGAGCAUGGCUGGAACAUCAUGUCGACUGCCCCCUGCCUGGCGUAUCACAGCGAGUGGGACUGCCUGUCGGGGUUCCACGGUGACGACUUCUACACCGAGGGCGAGCCGCAGCAACUGGACAAGGCGGACGCCAUGAUCACGGGGAACUUCAAUGCCAAGAUCCUCCCGAGGGUUGGACAAACCGCUGAGGACAUAGGCCUGGUUCUAUGGCGGCUUCUGCUGUGGAGCCCGAACAGGUUCAUGCUGCUGCCUGACCCGAAGCACUUCGAGAACCUGAGCACGCUGCUGGACCUGAAGGGACCGAGCGACUGGCAGGAACGCACGAGAUGCACUCGAGGAGCUGGGGCGGGUACGGGCAUCUGCAUGUACAUCGGGCCAGACCGCUUCGACAUCCAGUUCGCAGUGAAGCAGCUGGCAUCAGACAUGGCACACCCGACGCGUCUGAGCAUGAUGAGACUGAGGCGGCUGGCGCGCUACCUGGCAGGGGCGCAUGACGUCGGCAUCGAGUUCCUCUACCAGGCCGGCGACGUCCAGGCGUGCAAGAGCACGUCGGCAGGCACGAUCCAGGUCGGAGACCCCAGCGCUGGCCAUCUCAUCGAGAGCUGGAGCAUCACCCAGGGCGCCGUCGCGCUCAGCAGCGCGGAGUCGGAGUUCUACGCGAUCGGCUCGGCGGCGGCGCGGGGGAUCGCAGUCAGGCAGGUGAUGGUCGAGAUUGCUGAGCUGGGAGCUGGACUUCCAGCGGACGUGAAGCUGAUCAUCCGCACGGACUCGGACGCGGCUCGCGGCAUGAUCCACCGAGUGGGCUGCGGGCGCGUACGACACCUACAGACGCGCUAUCUCUGGCACCAGCAGGCGCUGAGAGAGAAGCAGUUCGAGAUCGAGCGAGUCGACGGCAAAAAGAAUCCGAGUGAUGCAGGCACGAAGGCGCUCGACCAGGAGGCGCUGCAGGCCUGCAUGACGAACCUCGGGAUCGUGAGCAGGUUCGUGGCGGGCUUCGGGACGGACGAGGCCAACCAGGUCCUGGCGGCGCUGUUGCUGCGCGCAACGGCUCGGACCGCCAACGGAUCGGACGUGGGCUCCAGCAAGGGUGUCCAGGUGACGGUCACGGAGGGCACCUGCGCGGCGGGUGCGAGCCAGACGGAGGUCUACGGUACGAUGGUCAAAGUGUUUGUGACGAUCAUCCUGAUCGCCGUGGGCUUCGCGAUGGGCGUGCUCUACGAGAAGCACGUGGUCAAGGAGCGCCGUGAGGAGCGCCGUGCUCCUGCCCACCUGUCAGACUCAGGCGUGCAGGCUGAGCCAACCCCCACUCGCAGCGAGGAGGAAGGGAGCCAGGCCCCCUGCACGUGCGCCAGGGAUCGUGCCCAGCCCCGUUUCGUGCCCCUGCCAGAGCAGCCGUGGGGAUAG